UAACAACAGUAAGCGUCACCAACCGUGCGGCGGAAAACAUCGAAAGCAACUACUGUACAUGUCGGCUACGUUGUGUGCUUGGCUAGCGCCCGAAAACUCGGCUAGGCUGCAUGCACACAAACUAUCGCAUGGCAGCCUUCUUCUGACGCCGCUGUUCAAAGUGUGCAGCCUCGGUCCCUCCGACUCCCCGAUGACAUGCAUAUAGCGUAUGAUGUCGGUGUAAUCAGCGCCCCGGGCUCCCCCGCGCCGAGGCCUGCGGUCAACCGUUCCCAUGUCUGUGUCUUUGUUGAGAUUGAGACAAGGGGACACAGACAAAGGGAACGGUAUGCCCUGGCCACGCGUGCAAGCCUCAUGCGUCCUUGCCAAAGGGGGUGUGCCUCUAAGGUGCUCGAAAAGCUUCGCUCUCAAACUCCUUCCUCCUCCUCGACUCAGUAUGGCUAUGCGCAGCGGCUUGCCCAUCCUCUCAGCAGACUACCUCGCACGCAUCGAGAAACCAGGCCGCGCCCCACGCAACGCAAGAGCUGCGGGUUCGAAAGGCCACGUUAAUGAUGCUCCAGGUCGAUCGGAACAGGUGCGAAGCACCGAAUCCAAGUCCGAGUCCGCGCGCAUUCGGAAGCAAGAAGGUGCGACGUUCGAAGUCGACGGACGCGAGUCGCGUCGGUGGAAGAUGCGUUUGGCAGCGGGUGACUUGCCAGUGAUCGGACCUCCAUCAUCAUCAUCAUCAUCAUCCUUCUCGCAACAGGCGUCUCCACAUGACAUCCGUAACGAAAGGGUCGACCCACCUUCCCUCCGCACUCCCAUGGCAGUCAAGACCCACAGCUGGGUGUCCCUCUGGUUUCUCGUCACCGCUCCUGUUGUCGCGUGGGACAUAGGUUACUGUUUCAUGAGGCACGCGCCCCGGUCGAUGAUCGGAGGUGAUUUGCACUGGAUUUGGAAGCCUUAUGCGCUGUAUCAAAACGUGAGCUGUCCUCUUCUACCCGAGCUUCAACCCUCACCUUCGAGCAGGUCGACCUCGUCUACGGCGUGGCUGCCCUGGAACGCGGGGAUGGGUUCACCAAUGCCCAAAGUGAGUCAGCAACCACGCGCUCGCGUGCACACUUCCAACGUCUGUCACCCAGCACUUCUUAACGUGGUCGAAACCAUCAUGAAUGUGGUUUACCUCUACACCGCGCACGUCGCCGGCUGGCCGCCAGCCCCCAUGAUCGGCUUCGCUGCCGCGACCAUGACGCUCUCGAAGACCGUGCUCUACUGGGCCCAGGAGUACUAUUGCAACUACUGCGCCGUUGGGCACAACUCCAUCAACGACCUGAUCCUGCUCUGGAUCAUCCCCAACGGGUUGUGGAUCGUCGUCCCCGCGUUUAUCGUGUGGCGCCUGGGCAAGGACAUCGCCGGGCAGCUCACCCUAGCGCACAACGUCGCUGUCAAAUCAGCUUCGGGAAAGAACAAGUGAACUAAGUACUAGGUAGGAACCGCCAUCCGGUAUCGCUCGCUUGCUCCAAUGCUCUCUGUUCGCCCAUGUAUUUUUGCUAUCUACCUCGAAUCUAUCGGAUGUGCCGCUUUUGAAUUGA